GGUCAUAAUAAUAACUCACACCUAGUCUCCUUCUCCUCUCGUGUGUGUAUAUAUUCUCAUUCAUUCGCUUACUCAUAAAACAAAAGGCCAAGAGCGUUAGAAAGCACGAAUAACACAACACACUGGUUCUCUGUUUCUCCACCACCCCUCUGCGAUCCGUGUAGCUUUGUUUACGAUCGAGAAGGAAAGGCAAAAGCCUGCGUUGUCGUGAGAUAUGGUGGGGUGUUCUUUGCGGCAAUACCCAAAUUCUUGGGUACUCCUCUACCAACCCCCACCACCGCAUUAGUUAAUUUCCCUCUUCGAUCGGACAAAGGUUCGAGUAAGUUAAGAUAAGAUGCUGGACUCGGUUCUUCUGGCGCUUUUCUUGCCCUGUCUUGGCAUGAGCGCGGUUUUCAUUGUCUACAUGUGCCUUCUUUGGUACGCCACUACCCGCUACAACCCCGCCAAUGACGCCCAACCGGUCAAGCCCGUCGCCGAAAAGGGCCUCUCCGCUUUGGAGUUGGAGAAUAUCCCCAGAAUCACCGGCAAAGAACUCGUCUUGGGCACCGAAUGCGCCGUCUGCCUCGACGACAUCGAGCCCGAGCAACCGGCCAGGCUGGUUCCCGGUUGCAACCACGGCUUCCAUGUCCAUUGCGCUGACACCUGGCUCUCCAAGCACCCUUUGUGCCCCGUUUGCCGAUCUAGGCUCGACCCUCAAUUUUUCACUUCCCAGAACCCCUGCUGAUCCACCAACAGGGAUUUUUUUUUUUUUUUUUUUUUAAUUUCGUGAUUAAUUAGCCUUCUUGUUUUCUUUGUUUCUUAUUAUGAAUAUGGUUGUGGUGCCAUGGCCCUGAUGAAUUAGCUUUAGCACCGAAUUAACAUGUAGCCAGAGCCAGGGGCGUAGUUUAAUUUAUGUUUUUCUUGUUUGAGUUAUGUUGGAGGAGAUGUAUUUGUGAAGCUUUAUAGAAUUGUUCACUUUGUUUCGUAAAAAGGUGUCAGGGCGGGGAAUUGACGCUAUCACGUAACUCUGAGACACGUAGGUGAGGGUUGGUUCAAGCAAGUGGUUGGUCGUGAACUGAACGGUUUUCUUUGCUUUUUCCAUCGGAGUCACAGAGAAUGCGCAGCCUCAUUUUUAUUUUAUCACCACAGCUUCAUGCCA